CCCUCCCCCACUCCCCCAUAAACUAAUUAUAUCGAGGAAAAAAAUUUGAAGAAGUUUCUUCUUUCGCAAAUAACUAAUUCCCAAUCCCCUUUCGACAGGGCAACACGCUUAGCAUGGCGGGAAAAUACAAAUCGCAGCAGAGUUUCUCAGAGGGGUUCAGCUGUUCAUUAGCUUUGAUUUGAUCGUUUCUCUUUUAAUUUUGGUUUUUAUUGUCAACGUUGCUUUGGAGGAAACCCUUGUUUUACGGAUAAAUACAACUUGCGUGCUGGAUUAAAUGUCGUUCGAAGAUUUUCCCAGGGAAGCUUGUGAAAGCUGGAACGAAGUUGGUUUGGUUUACACGCGAAACAAAUAUGGCCGUAUGCGUUCGCCUCCAGGAUACACAUUAAGUCGCAAAAACGAUGGUUCUUUCAAAGACAGUCUCUUCAGAGGAGCAAACUGUUCAGUCAACACGGAUAACAACACCUACAAUCCUCAACUCCUCUUUCGUAUCUGUCUGGAUUAUGUUGCUAAGAACAUAUCUAUGGUAGAAUCUUUAGAUGGAUUUCCAGACAUUGUUGGAGAGGAGCUUUUCAAAAAAGUCCAACAGAAUGGUGGAUUUGGAUCCGACCCCAAGAAUUUGAAGUUGUUCUGUGAAGCGUAUGGUAUUCUUGUGUUGUCAAAACUGUCCCUUACCUCAGCACACAUUCUAACAAGCAAUUAUUUGGAAUAUCUUCAACUGUUUGUAUAUCUGACAGAGCUUGAUGUCAGUCAAUGUCGUCUUGGAGAUAGUCAUGAGCUGUUGUCAUACAUUGCUCAUUUACAUGGUUUAACAAAGCUCAGCCUCAAAGAGAACUGCCUUUCUGACACUGGCAUAAGAAAACUGACAAUACCACAGCGUCUUUUGAGAGGUGGACUUGGGAACCUAUCAAUUCUGGAUUUAUCCUUAAAUCCUAGUAUCACAGAUGAUAGCAUCAAGCACGUCAUAAAGCUUAAUUCUUUGACUGCCUUAAAUCUGUCUGGUACUAAAGUAACUUUUGGAUAUGGAGUCCCACAGCUUAUGAACCACACAAACUUGUGUUUAGCAGUGGAUAUUGAUCAUUUCAAGUCAGGUCAAGUUUUUACAGUCACUGAAGGAUGGGCUGUUGGUGUGAUUGAUGACUGGACAGAAAAGUCCAAGACUUGCACUGCAAGAGGCAAAGCAAAUGCACAACUUGAAAAGAAAAGUGUUAAGUUCUACAAAUCAUCACGAUCAGGCUUAAUGCAAAAGACUGCUGACAAAAACAACACCAUCAGUGAACUUCCAACAAUCAUGCUGAGUUCAAAGACAACUAGACUUGCUUGUUCAAGCUCUACAGAAAAGCGGCAACCUGAAAGAAAAUGUAUGAAAGACAACAAGGAGAAUUCUGCAAGGAAUGAUCAACCCAAAAAGAAGUUAAAGAUGAGUGCAGAUGCUUUAGUAACAUUGAACAAUGUGGAAACUUUAGAAGAUGACUUCAUUGAACAGUAUUUAAACUACAACAAGCAGUGGAAGCCUGCGCAGAGAAAAUGUUCACUAUUAGAGUCAUUAGAUCAGGUCAGAUAGGUAAGUAAAAUAGAGAUUAGAUAGGUUAAGUGAAAUAGUUAGUCUAUAAUGUUCUAUAAAUAGACCUCCGAUGAUCAACUGCCUAGUUGAUUUAGCCAUCUGGUUAUUACCAGGGCUAUCAUUAAGGGCCGUGACCCCUAAUCAAGUAUGCUUGAUUGGCCAUUGAUGUUACAGGUGAAAUUGCCUGUUGGUAAUAGAAUUCACUGUCCCAUAAAAUGUGAAGGACAGGGCUACGGGUGACUCAAAACUUAAUGACAGCCCUGAUUACCAGGGGUUCCAUUGACAUUUUCAGUAGGAGGACAACUGGUUUUCACAAGUGGACAAAACUUUCUGAACUGUCAUCUAGAUGGUCAAACUAGGUGGGCAAAAUCAUCCUUACAGCUAGUAAAUUUACCAGGUGCCUGGCCCUUAAUGAAACCCCUGUUAUACUGUCCUGUUCUGUUGUCCCCAAGGAAACUGAUUCAUGAUCAGAUCAUGGUGGCCUAUUUCUGGUCACAUUUAUGGAGUGGGUUCUAUUGUAUACAUUUUAGUACCUAGUUACCAAUAAGUUCUCCCCUCUGUACUUAAAACCCUGCUUAGCAUUGUGCUCCUCAAAUCUUCUGUGCGUGGAACUCAGUUAAUAUCAUACAAAGUAGGUCCGCGCUUCUCAUGGCUUCACCCUUUGCCGCUCGAUCGCAGAAACCUAACUUCUUGCUGGCUAGGAAAAGAAAGAGACUGCUUGCAGUCUUUGGCAAACAUAUUGUUCAUAAGGAAAGAUUUGAUUGUAUUAUCAAAUGCUGCUAGUCCUCAAACACAGCUCAUCUAACACUAAACAGGUACACAAAAAUAUUGAGCAUGAGUUGCAGAAGAAAUGAGUGAGGAAAAGUCUCUAAACAUGAUUUUAAGUGCAAAGAAAGCCUUGUUCAAACUGAACCAUGUUAUUUAUCCAAUUUUUAGGGAAUAGCCCUCUUUCUCUGCAAAGCAUUCACCUCUAAAUCCUGACUAAAUUGUACAAGCAUCGGGCUGCGGGCAGUAAACUGCAUUCCACAAAAUGAUAUUGUACACAUAAUGUACCCAUGCAAAAACUAUUCUGUGUUUUCUUGAUUAAAUGUCAGGGGUGGUAUGCACUGUGCACAGUAUGCUAAUACGUCUGAGCAUGAGAAUAAAGUGAAACCUGUAUUAAGCGGGACCCCUUGGGACCCUCACAGUGUAACACUUUGUGAGAUCAAAGACCAGCUAAGACUGCUUGUAGUACAAUAUCCAGUCGAUCAAUACAUCAAUCUGGAAUAAUCACUUAGCUUUAAAACGUUAUUGCUGAACAAUGUUAAGG